GUCAGCCUUCAGCCUCAACUUGCAGCCUUCUGCGCAACGACGGCACUCGGUGGAGGCGGAGGCUGGAAAGUGUCCCCCCUCGCCCUGCCCCGGCGCCUUCCCGCACGCAAACCGGACCGAGUGGAAGUUGCACAAAGUCCCCACUCCUCGCGCCCCGUCUCGGCUUGCUCCUGGGGCGCACGUGGGGACAGUCCCCCAGCCUCGAACUCUGCGCCCCCCGUGA